AUGACGUUGCACCACAAAGUUGUACAAAAGUACUACGAAGCUCGGAAGAAGUGGAUGGUAUCAAACCUAGGAAGGUACCUGUUCAAAUUCUCCAGCACGCGCCCCCCCACGUAUGAAGUAAUAAACCACCCAGAACUCUUACAUCCGGACAGCGACCUCUUUCACAUUCUGAUCUGGAGGAACAAAGGGACGGUCAAAGAAAGGCACAUGGGGGCCUUUGGGAAACACAGUAAGGACCCGCUACACGGGUGCAGCGUACAAAACUGCAAGUUUACAGAAAACGACGACUCCUGGCUUCCUUUUGUGGACGCUGUUGUUGUUCAUUUAGACGCGGGUGAACUACCAAAUUCGCUGCAACGGAAGAAAAGGAAGACGUACCAACGCUGGAUAUUCUGGACGGACGAGUCUCCGGACAACAUCUUCUAUGCGGCUUCGAGCAAAGUCAAACCCAGUUUUAAGCAGCUGAACAAUCUCUUUAACUGGUCUAUGACAUACAGGUAA